AUGUUUGAACCCCCCUCUCUCUCUGGAGCUCCCUUCUCAGUUAACCUCUAUAAUAACCCUCUCUCUUUGCUGGGUUGGGGUGGGGUGGGGUGGUUUGGGGUGGGUUGGGGUGGGCUGGGUUGGGGUGGGUUGGGGUGGGUUGAGCUGGGGUGGGUUCCACAGUCCUCUGCAGGUGGGCUCUGCCUCGGGCUCUGCUUUGUUUACUCUGUCUCUUCAUGUCUCCUCGGCAGGCGGUCUGUUCUCUGCGAGCGCUGA